AUGAUGAGUGGUGGUAGGCUGAACGUGGCGACGUCCGCGCCGGGCGACGACUUCCCGUUCGCGCCGAUGCAGCAGCAGCAGCAGCCGCCUCCGCCGCCGCCGCCCUACGUCGGGUUCGAGCACGGCGUGGUGGGAGGCGGCGGCCAGCGCGGCGGCGGCGGGAUGCAGCACCACCUCUACGACGGCCUCGACUUCGCCGCGGUGCUGCAGUUCCAGGAGGCGGCGCCCCACCACCAGCUGCUCACGCUGCCGUCCAGCCUCGCGCCCAUGGCGCCGCCGCCGCUGCCGAUGCCGCUGCAGAUGCCCAUGCCGAUGCCCGGGAUGCCCGGCGACGUGUACCCGGCGCUCGGCAUGGUGAAGCGCGAGGGCGUCGGCGCGGACGGCGCCGCCUCGGCGGCUGGCGGGAGGAUCGGGCUCAACCUCGGCCGUCGCACCUACUUCUCGCCGGGCGACAUGCUGGCCGUGGACCGGCUUCUGAUGCGGUCCCGCCUCGGCGGCGUGUUCGGGCUCGGCUUCGGCGGCGCGCACCACCAGCCCCCGCGCUGCCAGGCCGAGGGCUGCAAGGCCGACCUCUCUGGCGCCAAGCACUACCACCGCCGCCACAAGGUCUGCGAGUACCACGCCAAGGCCUCCGUCGUCGCCGCCGGCGGCAAGCAGCAGCGCUUCUGCCAGCAAUGCAGCAGGUUUCACGUGCUGACGGAGUUCGACGAGGCCAAGAGGAGCUGCCGGAAGCGGCUGGCCGAGCACAACCGCCGCCGCCGGAAGCCGGCCGCCUCCACCGCGUCGUCCAAGGACGCCGCGUCGCCGCCCGCCAAGAAGCCCAGCGGCGGCUCCAUGACGGGCUCCUACACCACUGACAGCAAGAACCUGAGCACGGCCAAGUCGACCAUGUCAUCGAACACGGGCAGCGUGAUCAGCUGCCUGGACCAGGGCAACAAGCAGCUGGCGAGGCCGACGCUGACCCUGGGCGCGUCGCCGGACAAGGACCACCAGCACCAGCAGCUCAGCACCAUGCUCCAGGUCCAGGCGGCCGCGGGCGGCCACCACCACCACCACCACCACCACCAGGAGCAGCACUUCAUCACUUCCCUGCAGGUUCACAACCACAACAAUGGCGGCGGCGGCGGCGGCAACAACAUCCUGUCGUGCUCGUCGGUGUGCUCCAGCGCUCUGCCGUCGGCCAACGGCGAGGUCUCCGACCAGAACACCACCACCACCAACAACGGCGGCGGCAACAUGCACAAUCUGUUCGAGGUGGACUUCAUGUAGGCCGUACGUGGACGCAAAGCGAGCGAGCACGGGAGUACGUUCCUCUGGCAAAGGUGUCCUUGGUGUGUAGCCGUGUAGGUAAAAGGAAUAGGAGAAAGUGAGAGUGAGAGCGAGAGAGCAAAAAAGGCAUGAAGUGAGAGAGAAACAAGAAAGAGAGAGAAGGCUGAGGGUGCAAGCAGGAUUCCAUCCAUCCAUCCAUCCACCAGUACUCAGUAGCAGCUAGCUGCAGCAUGCCGGUCUAGCAAGGUAUAGCUAGCUAUCUCAUUUCAAAGUUGCAUGGCUACAGCCAUAGCAAAGCCAUGCAUCCAGCAUCCCCCUGCUUGGGUUCUCUACCUGUACUGAACUGCAGUGCGUCUGCAUCCAUCCAUCCAAGCCUUUCUGCCUUCCCAUUUCAGUGGGGAAUAAUGUGUCUGCUAUUAUUUCACCUUUAUUUCUUCUUCCCUUUCUAGUUUCCUCUUGUUGCAAGGUGAGGGUGUACUGGUGUAGUAGUGCGUGUGUUGUACCAAACUACCAGCUGCUGUUUCUUU